AUGGCUUUCUCCUCCGGCAACGAUGAUGAUCUCACUAUCCCCAGAGCUGCUAUCAACAAGAUGAUCAAGGAGACUCUCCCCAGAGUCCGGGUGGCCAACAAGGCCCGAGAGCUGGUGGUGAACUGCUGCACUGAAUUCAUACACCUUGUAUCAUCAGAAGCCCAUGAGGUUUGCAACAAAAAGGGAAAGAAGAACAUCUCACCGGAGCAUGUCAUAGGAGCACUAGAAAGUUUGGGCUUUGGUUCUUACAUCAGUGAAGUAAAAGAAGUCUUACAAGAAUGCAAGGCAGCAGCAUUAAAAAGAAGAAAGUCCCGUUUUCGUUGGGAAGACCUUGGCAUUCCUGAAGAAGAGUUAUUGAGACAACAACAGGAAUUAUUUGCAAAAGCUAGAGAGCAACAAGCAGAACUGGCCCAACAUGAGUGGCUUCAAAUGCAGGAAGCUGCCCAGCAAGCACAGCUUGCUGCUGCGUCAGCCAGUGCAUCCAGUCAGGCAGGAUCUUCUCAGGAUGAACAAGAUGAUGUUGACAUCUGA